AUGUCGUGUUGCAUGAGCAAGUUGCCUUUGGUUGCAGCGGGGAGCGGCGUGGCCGCGCUGCUUCUUUGCUUGCCGUCGUCGCUAUCUGGCUGUCAGUCGCUGCUCCAGCAGUCAGAUAACCACCCGCUGCUCGUCAUGGGCAUGCGUGCCCUUCUCAACUGCAGCUUUGGGGCUCUCUUUGGUUCAAGCGUCUGGGUUCUCUGCAUCGGCUCUCCCCUCCUGCGGAAGCACCUCAACAGAAAGCAGCUGAUUGCGUUUCAGUCGGAGCACUUGCCCUUAUUUUCAUGUUUUUCUUCUGUCUUUUCCUCCCUCCUUCUCUUCACAACCUGCGAGUUGGCCCUCGACCAUAGACGUCUUCAAGCCGUUGCAUGCGCCAGUGUCCUAUUUAACCUUGCAAACUCUUGUUUUAUCUUCCCGAAACAAGUGUCUCUGCUGCGUGAGAGGGAAGAACUUGCUGAGCAGUUGGGGGCGAAGCCUGACGAGUCUAGUGCUGCGGUCCUGUCCACGGCAGAAGCUGCAACAGCAGCAGGAGGCCAUCAGGCCGUAGAAGGAGAAGACUACAUCCAACUCCACAAGGCAUUCAGGCGCUUGCAUGCGCUGGGAAUGGCUUCUUCUUGCCUCUCUCUCGGCUGCCUCCUCCCGUUCCUAUUUGCUUAA